AUGCCACCGCGCAAGAAUGAAGUACCAAGGAUACCCGCUGCAGACGAGAAUGUAAGCACGAAAGAGGUGUCAACUGCUGUAAAUAUUGAGGACCUGAACCUCCCCAAAAGUAUUGUAACACGAUUGGCAAAGGGUGUCCUUCCAGCGAAUACCCAGAUCCAGAGCAAUGCAAUGUUAGCAUUGACGAAAAGUGCCACAAUAUUUAUAAGCUUCAUAGCCUCACAAGCCAACGAAAAUGCUGCGAUGGCCAAUAGAAAAACGGUAACUCCAAACGAUGUUCUAGCCGCAAUCGACGAUAGCGAAUUUUCGGAGUGGAGACCACGGCUCGAGAUUGAGCUUCAAAAAUAUACGGAGAUGAUCAGCCAACGCAAGGAAAAGUUACAAUCUAAGGAAAGCGACGGCUCACCUAGAGCCAAGCGCUUGAAGCGCGACGGCAAGAACGACGAAGUAUUUUCAGGCGAUAAACAAGAGGUAUCAGUAUCUGAUGAGGAAACAUCAGCUCAGGUCGAUGAAAACGUAGAUGAAGACGAGGAGGAUGCCGACGAGGAUCAUGAAACAGACGAACAAGGAGAGAUAGAGGAACCGCUUGAGACUGAAGGAGCGGUAUUACCUGAUUUAGGAGACGAAGCUCUGGACAACGGAGACGAUAGUGAUUGA